UCGGUGUGCCGAGGUCCUGGGGAAAGUGAGAGACUAGGAGGAAAGUUUGGGACGGAGGGGACGGGAUAGGAGACAGGACAGUGGCGCUGCACGGUGACAGGGUCCGGGGCUCCCUUUCUCCUGUGGAAAGGAAGAGAGCAGAGUUAAACAGCAUCAGUUGCAGCGAAUUCUAAUCGCCAGGCCUUUAGCUUUUAAUAGGGUGGGAAGGGCGUUCGGGAACGGUCAUGUGGGUUUGGAGAACUGGAGUUGGAUGAGGGUUCAACUGGAUCUGCUUUCAGAGGCUCCCCAGCUUCCUUCUCCCUUGUUUUUUCCUGGUCACGAAAAGAAGGGGAAAUGGGGAAGCGGGUGUCGCGGGAGUGUGUAGGAGUAAAGGAGUUUUCUAGUUUUUGGCAGUGCGGAAUAGGGAAACGGUAGUGCUGUGUUGGAGCCUUGUAUGCUGAAGCGACGGCUCUGGAAGUCUGAGAAAGGGAACAGAAAACGCAGGACGGUGUUGGGCGGCCAGGCUUGUUAAGUAAACGGGCGCUUUAGUUUCCAGACUCUUAUUUUACUGUUUGGGUGCUAGGCGGGAGGGGUCAGCAUUCAUAUACAGAAAUGUCCCUGGGGGAAUGUGGUUGCUGCCCCAGUGGGUACCCCGUUCUCACUGUGGGCUAGGCAAGGGAAAGGGUGAAGAGAGAAUUUGUAGGUUGGUUCUGGUCUGAUAAAUGAAAUGUUUGAUGUAAACAAAGUAUCUUCUUUGGCUGUAACCACUUUCCUCCCUGGUCUUCCUAAAAUGAAAGUCAGCAAUUAUACUGUAACAAAAUAGGUGUCUCAUAAGGAAUUGAGUCCCUUGAGAAGGUAUCAAAGGGUAGUUCUUUCUCCCACAGGUCGUUGAACUUGGGACCUUUUCUUGCCAUGAGCCAUUGAGGCUGGAGAUCCUUGGAGUUGGUAUUGUUUGUGAGUUGGCUAGUGGAGUUAGGGAAACCUGGGGACUUCUGUGGGGUGAGUUCUCUUGGCUUGGAGUAGGUUAUUUCCAUCGGAAUGGCUUUAGGCUUAUCCGUGUAGUUUUGCAGCUGAGAUCAACUAACUCUUUGGGCCUUUGAGGUUCCAAAAUAAAGCUCGAAAAUUGACUUUUUCUCCCCCUUAUUUUUGUUCUUCUGCUGGCUUUGAACCUUGUGCUAGGAAGAGACCUGGGAAAUUAAGUUUCUUGCAGAGUGUGGUGGGGACUGCCGCUGCUGAGCAGGGCUUCUGGGAAGCAGUGUGCACCUGAGCCCAGCAUGGCAGGCCUGAAGCGGCGGGCGAGCCAGGCGUGGCCGGAGGAGCGUGGGGCGCAGGAGCAUGGGCUGUAUAGCCUGCACCGCAUGUUCGACAUCGUGGGCACCCACCUGACACACAGAGAUGUGCGUGUCCUGUCCUUCCUCUUCGUGGAUGUCAUCGAUGACCACGAGCGUGGCCUCAUCCGAAAUGGACGUGACUUCUUGUUGGCACUGGAGCGCCAGGGCCGCUGUGACGAGAGUAACUUCCGCCAGGUGCUGCAGCUGCUGCGCAUCAUCACACGCCAUGACCUGCUACCCUACGUCACCCUCAAGAGGCGGCGGGCUGUGUGCCCUGACCUUGUAGACAAGUAUCUGGAGGAGACUUCAAUUCGCUACGUGACCCCCAGAGCCCUCAGCGACCCAGAACCGAGGCCUACCCAGCCCCAUAAAACAGUGCCUCCCCACUACCCUGUGGUGUGCUGCCCCACUUCGGGCCCUCAGAUGUGUAGCAAGAGGCCAGCUCGAGGGCGAGCCACACUUGGGAGCCAGCGAAAGCGCCGGAAGUCGGUGACACCAGAUCCCAAGGAAAAGCAGACAUGUGACAUCCGGCUGCGGGUCCGCGCGGAGUACUGCCAGCACGAGACCGCGCUGCAGGGCAACGUCUUCUCCAACAAGCAAGACCCACUCGAGCGGCAGUUUGAGCGCUUCAACCAGGCCAACACCAUCCUCAAGUCCCGGGACCUGGGCUCCAUCAUCUGUGACAUCAAGUUCUCUGAGCUCACCUACCUCGACGCAUUCUGGCGCGACUAUAUCAAUGGCUCAUUGCUAGAGGCACUCAAAGGUGUCUUCAUCACAGACUCCCUCAAGCAGGCUGUGGGCCAUGAAGCCAUCAAGCUGCUGGUGAAUGUGGACGAGGAGGACUACGAGCUGGGCCGACAAAAACUCCUGAGGAACUUGAUGCUGCAGGCAUUGCCCUGACCUCCCCUCAUGGGACUGUCCCCAGCAUUCGCCUCUGGAGCGUACAUACUGUCCUGGGGUUUGUUCUCUACCCUUCCAACCAGUCACACCCCUGCCUUUUUUUU